AUGGGAGAAAAUGCAAGUUUUUGGGAAAGUCUGAUAUAUGCACAUCCUACGUGUACCACCUGGAAGCAAGAGGCGGAGGGAUCUAUCUACCACCUAGCCAGUAUUUUCUUUGUUGUGGGCUUCAUGGGUGGAAGUGGAUUCUUUGGGCUCCUCUAUGUCUUCAGCUUGCUGGGACUGGGCUUUCUCUGCUCUUCUGUUUGGGCUUGGUUGGAUGUGUGUGCUGCUGAUAUAUUCUCCUGGAAUUUUGUGCUGUUCGCUAUAUGCUUCGUCCAGUUUGUGUAUGUUACCUACCAAGUCCGGAGUGUUGCCUUUGACAGAGAAUUCCAGGAACUCUACAGUGCUCUCUUCCAGCCUCUGGGAAUUUCCUUGACUGUGUACAGGAAGAUUGUCUUGUGCUGCGAUGCAGAAGUGAUUACCCUGGAGAAGGAACAUUGUUACGCCAUGCAGGGCAAAACACCUAUUGACAAACUGUCCUUGCUUGUGUCAGGCAGGAUCAGAGUGACAGUUGAUGGGGAAUUUCUGCAUUAUAUUUUUCCUCUUCAAUUUCUGGACUCUCCUGAAUGGGAUUCACUGAGGCCCACAGAAGAGGGAAUUUUCCAGGUAACACUUACAGCAGAGACAGAUUGUCGGUACGUGGCCUGGAGGAGGAAGAAGCUCUACCUGCUGUUCGCUAAACACCGCUUCAUCUCCCGCCUGUUCUCAAUUUUAAUUGGGAGUGACAUUGCUGAAAAACUGUAUGCCCUGAAUGACAGGGUGCACGUGGGGCAAGGCUUCAGGUACGACAUCCGCUUACCCAACUUCUACCACGUGGCGCUUCCAGAGACCCCUCCCGUGCAGCCUUCCCACCACCCCCACCACCUCCAGCGAGGCUCCCCCCGGCGCAAGCCCAUGGGGGUGGCGAACUGCGGCUCUUUCCUCGCACCCUCCUAG